AUGUUUACAGGACGAGUAGUGGAAGAGAUUAUUGCAACCCUCUUAAUUAUUAGUUCGGUUAAAGAGGAUAACAUGGUUUGGGAGGAGGAAAUGAAUGAGUGUUAUUCAGUUAAAUCUGGUUACAAUCUAGCCAUGAGAUGUAUUGUUCGAAGCGAUAGGCACCAUGAGAGGUUGUGUAGGGGGUGUCUGUCGACACGAGUUCGAUUGACACAACGUUAUGUAGAAUGUGAACUAAGUUGUCAUGUGUGCAAUGUUGAGGUAGAAGAUGAUAUUCAUGUGUUUUUUGGAUGCGUAGCAGCACGCGAAUGUAGGUCGGUUGCAGGCCUGUCACAGUUGCUACAAAAUGCAGCUUACCAGCAUGGGACGGUCGCAGAUAGGGUGUUUGGAAUGUGCAGAAACGAGGACAGUGCAACGAUAGGACGGGUCACAUCGUUAUUUUGGUGCAUUUGGCACAAUCGAAACGAAAAGAUCUGGAAUGACAAUAUUCCGUCACCGAGCCAAGUUGGAAGAAUGACGUUCGUCGUCUGGAACAAGUGGUUUACCGUCCACCAGCUGCAGCGUCAUAAUGUUGUUCCCGUUGAGGACCCUAGGCCGGUUCGGUGGAAGAAAUCAAGAGUGGGAUGCAUAAAAUGUAAUGUUGAUGUUGCGUUUGUAGUUGGGUCUGGUGUUACCUCUAUGGGUCUUUGUUUUCGUGAUACCAAUGGGCAGUUUGUGGCUGGCUUGACUUAA